AUGCCGCAGAACGAGUAUAUUGAACGGCACAUUAAGCUGUACGGUCGCCGGCUCGAUUAUGAAGAGCGCAAACGUAAGCGGGAGGCUCGCGAGCCGAAGAAGCGCGCCGCCAUGGCCCGCAAGCUGCGGGGCAUGAAGGCCAAGCUCUACCAGAAGCAGCGCCGCAAUGAGAAGAUUCAGAUGAAGCGCAAGAUCCAAGCGCACGAGGAGAAGAAGGUCAAAAAGACGACCGAAAAGGAGGAGGAUGGGGCACUGCCGCCGUAUCUGAUGGAUCGUGGCAUACAGUCGAGCGCGAAGGUGCUCUCGAACAUGAUCAAACAGAAGCGCAAGGAGAAGGCGGGCAAAUGGGACGUCCCAAUACCGAAGGUGCGCGCACAGUCCGAUGCCGAAGUGUUUAAGGUGAUCCGGAGCGGUAAAACGAAGCGCAAAGCGUGGAAGCGUAUGGUCACGAAGGUGACGUACGUCGGAGAGAACUUUACCCGUAAGCCACCGAAGUACGAACGUUUCAUCCGACCGAUGGCGCUCCGUUUCAACAAGGCGCACGUAACGCAUCCGGAGCUGAAGGCUACCUUUUAUCUGCCCAUUAUUGGCGUUAAAAAGAAUCCAUCGUCACCGAUGUACACGAGCCUGGGUGUGAUCACGAAGGGUACCGUGAUUGAGGUGAACAUUUCCGAGCUUGGUCUAGUGACUCAAUCUGGCAAGGUCGUAUGGGGAAAGUACGCCCAGGUGACGAACAAUCCGGAGAAUGAUGGUUGCAUCAAUGCGGUUCUGCUGAUUUAA